AUGUCUGAAUCCAAGCAAACCAUCAACACCGAUUUGGUCACUCUGACCAGGUUCAUUCUGGAGGAGCAGAACAGAUACGCCCCGCACGCCACCGGCGAGCUAACAUUGCUGCUCAACUCUCUGCAAUACGCCUUCAAAUUCAUUGCACAUACCAUUCGCAGAGCCGAGCUGGUGAACCUGAUUGGCCUGGCCGGGAUCACAAACGCCACAGGAGACGACCAGAAGAAGCUCGAUGUCAUUGGAGACGACAUUUUCAUCAAUGCCAUGAAGAGCUCCGGUAACGUGAAGGUGCUGGUGAGCGAGGAGCAGGAGGAUCUGAUUAUUUUUGAGGGCUCCGAGGGCAACUACGCGGUGUGUUGCGACCCGAUUGAUGGGUCGUCCAACCUGGACGCCGGAGUCUCUGUCGGUACCAUCUUUGGUGUCUACAAGCUGCAGCCGGGCUCCAAGGGAAGCAUCAAGGACGUGCUGCGUUCGGGAACAGAAAUGGUGGCUGCCGGGUACACCAUGUACGGCGCAAGUGCGCAUUUGAUGCUCACGACGGGCCAUGGCGUUAACGGGUUCACGCUGGACACGCAUCUUGGCGAGUUUAUUCUGACCAAGCCGCAACUGAAAGUGCCGGAGAAAAGAGCCAUCUACUCAGUCAACGAGGGUAACUCGUACUACUGGCCCAAAGAAGUGCAGGACUUCAUUGCGUCGUUGAAGCUGCCACAGGAGGACAACAACGGCAAGCCGUACUCGGCCAGAUACGUUGGAUCGAUGGUGGCGGACGUGCACAGAACACUGUUGUACGGCGGACUGUUUGCAUACCCGGCCGAUUCGAAAUCGAAGACGGGAAAAUUGAGAGUUCUGUACGAGUGCUUCCCGAUGGCUCUGCUGCUGGAGCAGGCCGGCGGAGAGGCCGUUAAUGACAAGGGCCAGCGCAUUCUGGACCUCACUCCGAAGAAAAUUCACGAGAGAAGCGGAAUCUGGCUCGGAAGCAAGAAGGAGAUCGAGAAACUGCUGCAAUAUAUAAAGAAAUGA